AAAUCAGUUCCCAGGUUGACGUGGUCUAAAAUAAACAGUUUUUCGCGUAUUUCUAUUAAACGUAUACACAUAUAUAAAAUCGCACAAUUCUGUUUUUUUUUCUUUUUCAAAUUAGUUUCUAAUUUUUGAUAUCGUAUAUCUAAUCAAAAUCAACCAACGAUAAAAAUUGCUAUACAAGUACAUCCCAUUGAACACCUUUACAUAUAGAACUAAAGAUGCAUCGACUCGCCAUAAUGUUCUCGGCAGGCUUACUGCUUCUGGUAUCCACGAUUCCACAUAAAACGAACGGUGUACCAUUGUCAUUUUUGAGGGAACGUGUUCAAGAAGAUGCGGACGAAGAAGCGGCGAUCGAGGAAAAUGAAAUCGAUCGCGAUGUAAUGGUAGCGCCACCUGCGAGUGUUGCCCAAACCAGACAAACUGUCAAAGGGAAAAACAAAUUUCAGAUAAAUAAUAAAGAAUGGGUCCAGAUGUCAAGUAGUCCACCCGGCGCUAUAAGCUUACCUCUGAGAUCUCACAUCGAAUUGGAGUGCGAAGCUAUAGGAAGUCCCAUGCCUCAAAUCCACUGGCUGAGAGGUGCAGAGCCACUUCGCCAGCUAGAUGAAUUGAUGGGGAACAGCAUUGCGGACAUUAAUACUACGCCUAACAGUUGGGGAGGAGUGGCAAAGACCAGAUCUCGGCUAGUCAUUGACUGUGCUUCCACAAGAGAUCAAGGCAUAAUUACCUGUGCCGCAGUUGCUGGCAGUAGGACGGUUGUAUCAAAGCCAACCAUGCUCAUUAUUAAUGAACUCAGCAAGGCAAACGGCAGCAGUUGUCUAGCAGAAACUAAACCUAGGGUAACACUUCAUUCCCCGACUAUGGUGGCACCCAUAGGAUCAACAAUUGCACUUCCCUGUAGGGCUAGUGGCAGACCCCGAGCUCCCCGUACACUUUGGCUGGAUAACAGCAAUCAGCCUAUCACAUCGACUUCUAACCCUCGUUAUAAGGUACUGGGAAGUGGAGAGCUUGUGAUCUUCCCUCUACUUUGGAGCGAUAUGGGUGAAUUGACCUGCAUCGCUCAGUCGGAUCGAGGCGAGGAUAUAGCGAUUACGUUUUUGUAUCCAUUGUCGAAUGAGGAUAAUGAAAGCUAAGCGCGUCAAUGACAAUGCAUCGUACAAAGAAUCUAAAUCAUUGAUAGAUCAACUUUUGAUUAACCGUCUCUCUAAAUUGGAUGAUUAAAACCAACGAGUCAUAUUUGCAUACUUAUUUGCAUUGCAUUGGUCAAUGCAUUCAAUUUUCUAGUCACUAAGUGUUAAGUAGUCUUAUUUUUGAAAGUAUUGCCUUGAAUUUGUUUCACUAAAGUAUGAUUAAGAAAUAAGUAUGACUAUACAUUCCGCUUAAUAUAUUUUUGAUUUUAUAAAAAGUAUAAUGCUAUAUAUGGUAGUACUUCGAAGUAUUGAAUUUGUCAUUAUUAAUAUUAUCUAAGUUAUGAUCGCCUAACAGUAAAUAUGAACCACAUGAACAAUUCAUUAUUAUCACUUAUAUUAGAUUAGAAUCGUUGUAGUAUCGACGAAUUCAGAACUGUGCGGUUCCAACAGAAUCUCACUGAAUACUUACAUUUAUUAGUAGUACGAUGAGUUUCAGAGUGAUUAUUUCUGUUCCUAUAAUAUUUAACAUAAAUACUCGUAAGAUUGAUUUCUACAUACCUAAAACUGAAAAACAGUAUACUUAUGUGUAACGAAACUAUAAUAUAAUGUAUUUCCUUGUAACACGUUACGUUCUUUUGAAAAUAUACUUGCAAAAUGAUCCAGAUAAAUACAAACUGCCUACGUUCCAAUGAAAA